CCAGAUCAUCACUCGGCAGAGAGAAACGCUGGAGAAUCUGAGGAGCACCAUCAUGGCGUCGCCGGAAGUACCGCGCCGGCGCAGUCUUGACCUGGAUCACAAAGGGAAGCCCCAUUCGUGCUGCGAUGAGUUGUUGAUGUCGUUGGAAGAGGCUGAAAUGUUGAGGAGCAAGAGCUCUCCUCUAGCUGAUGAUGUGGCUGCCCUCAGCCUAAACGAGCAUCACACCUUGGCACACGAAUCAGUCAUCUACGAGACAGACAACCGCGACAGCAAAGGUGCGCCAAAGUUGACACAGGAGCUCAAAAAACGACGCCGCUACCACACUGCCGACUCAGCGACAACAGAGAGGGCUAUCAAGCUCUUGGAGAAAAUAAAAGACAGCAAGAAAGACGCGAGCGCCACCGCCCACAAACACAGCAAACUCCGAGAAGAAGAAGAGGACGAGCAGAGCAUCAACCGCCAGUCAACAUCGCCUUCCAAAUCCACCGGUAGUUCCCGCCACAACGUCUUACGUCAUCUGUCGGACACGGCUCAGCCCAAAGACAAAGCGCCAUCUGGUAGCAAACGAUCCAAAGACAACAAACUCUUGUCAAGAGCCAGCGUUGAUUAGAGUCCGGCUAAUUAACUAAUUAACAGAGGAAAAAAAUAACAUUUUAGAAAUGUUAUUUCAUUGUUUUUUUUUCACCCAAAAAUUGUUUUGAUGAAAACUAAGAAGAUUUCUUUGAUGCUGCUUAUAACAAAAUAACCUAAACCUUGCACAAAUUAAGUUGGUCUAGAACUUUGAUGAUGAUAUUAAUGGUUGAGUGAGCAAGAAUGACGACGCGUGAAUCGAGCAUUUGUAGAUGUGGUGCUUGUGGAUGAGGUGGUUGUCGAUGUGGAUGUGGUGUUUACGGGUGUGGGUGUGGGUGUGGUAGUUCUGGAUGUGGAUGUGGAUGUGGAUGCGGUAAUUGUGGAUGUGGUGGUUGUCGGUAUGGGUGUAGGUGUGGUAGUUGUGGAUGCGGUAGUUGUGGAUGUGGUGGUUGUGUAUGAGGUGGUUGUGAGUGUGGUGGUGACGAUAUAUCAUGUGACACAUACGUCCAGUCGGUAGCGUAGUGUGCGCGUAGGAGCAGCUCACCCUUGACCCUUAGUCACGUGACAUUCAUACCUGUAAGUAUGGUUGACACAAACUGACUGGACAUGAUUGCAAUUUUUUUUAAACUAUUUGUAUUAUUUUGUACGCGACUCCCCUAUAUAUAAAUAAAUUGUUAAAAUCUCGGGCGAAAUACCAGACAAAUUAUAUUUCUGACCAAAUCCCAGAAAAAAAAAUUGUCAUAUUUCAAAAUAUUUUUUUAAAUAAUCUCACUGACUAAUCAAGACCAAAAAAGUCACUACGAAAUCCCAUACACAAUAUCCCAGACAAAAUCAAAGACAAAAUAUCUCAUUAAACAAACUACAGCUAAA